CCCUUGCUUAAGUAAGGCAACGCAACCCUCCCUCACCCUCCUACCCCUUUCUUUCUCUCUCCCUCCACCUCCCCUCUCCUUGCUUUCUCUCCCCCACGCGUCCCGUCCCGUCCCUUCCCUCCUCUCUCUUCCCUUUCUCUCUCCUACCGUCGUUAACCUGCCGUUACACCACCCGCCUCACGCCGUCACGUCAACUUCCGCCACAAAAGCACACGCGGCCCUGCCCUGUCCCAGCCAUGUCCACCGCCGGCGACCCCGCCGGCGCAGCAGCAGCUGCUGCUGCCGCAGCGGCGGCGGCCACCCCGUCGGGUCGCGCGCCGAGGCUGCCGCGGUGGACCCGGCAGGAGAUACUGGUGCUCAUCGAGGGCAAGCGCAUGGUGGAGGGCCGCGGCGGGCGCGGCGGGAGGGGCCGCGUGGCGGCGGCGGCCGCGGCGGCGUCGGGGUCGGGGGAGGCCUCGGCCUCGGCGUCGGCGGCGCUGGAGCCCAAGUGGGCCGCGGUGGCGGAGUACUGCCGGCGCCACGGCGUCGAGCGGGGCCCCGUGCAGUGCCGGAAGCGCUGGAGCAACCUCGCCGGAGACUACAAGAAGAUCAAGGAGUGGGAACGGGCCGCGGCGGCCUCGCGCGAGCCGUCCUUCUGGGCUAUGCGCAACGACGCGCGCAGGGAGCGACGCCUCCCGGGCUUCUUCGACCGCGAGGUGUACGACAUACUCGAGGGCCGGGGCCGGGCCAUCCUCGACGACCGCUCCGCCCGGAAUGCCGCGGCGGAGGAGCUGGUGUUGGUGCGCGUCGAGGAGGGCAAGGAGGCGGAGGUCCCGGAGGCUGUCUUUGACAGUGGCCGCCCGGCCACCGAGGAGGCCUUGUUCUCGGAGGAUGAGGAGGAGGAAGAAGAGGACGCGCCGGCGGUGGCCCCUCCUCCCCCUCCACCACCGGUCAUCGCCGUGCCUGUAUCUGAGAAGCCCGAGGCAUCAAGGCAACAACAGAGCGCCGAGCAAGGAACAACGAAAGACACACAGCCUGAGCAAAGCUCUGAGAGGGAUGCACCGGCUCAGCAGGGCGGACAGAAGAGACCGCGGACCGACGAAGGGGCUGGAGAAGGCACAGCAGACCUGCAGAGCAAGCUGAUCGAGAUCCUAGACCGGAACAGCCGGUUGGUGGCUGCACAGUUGGAGGCGCAGAACCAAAACUGCGAGCUCGACAGGGAGCAGAGGAAAGACCAAGCUAACAGCCUAGUUCUCGUGCUCGGCAGGCUGGCGGAUGCCCUUGGCAGGAUCGCCGAUAAGCUAUAGUCAGUCAGUCACCUAGGUGUAUAUGUGGACAGAAAUAAUUACAGCAGGAAGAAGAUGACAUUUGUAAGUGAAUGUACAGAUUGGUAUAGGGCUAUUGCCAUUCGAUUCUUUUUUGGGCCGGCUCUGGAAAUUCUGUAUUUGGGGGAGGGGGGGUGUUAUAUAGGGAAGUCAGUUCAUAGCACUCAAAUGAUGUGUGGACUACCAGAAUUCAGUUGUGUGGCUGCGGUGGAUUCUGGGGCUGUGUUAUAUAGGGAGGCGAGUAAUUAUUCUCAGCAAUGCAAUUGUGUAUAGUUGACCUUUUUGUGAUGGCUGUGCAUGUGCGCGCGUGAUACUGUGAUGUGUACUCGAAAUCGAAAACAAAAGUUAUUUUUCA